AUGAAAAACGAUUAUCAGCAAAUAGACCCAAAGACACUUCCGAUGCCCGCUCCGAGUCAUCCUCCAUCCGAGCGCGAAGCCCGGGAGGAGGACGAGAGGCAGCCCGAGAAGCAGAGGAGGAAACCCCGAAGGAAGUGGCAGGUGUUCCCCGGGAGGAACCGCUUCUUCUGCGAUGGACGCAUCGUUAUGGCUCGGAAAAGUGGUGUCCUGCCUCUUACUCUAGGGCUGAUCCUCGUCACCAGUGGACUUUUCUUUGUGUUUGACUGCCCCUUCUUGGUCCAACAUCUGACCAUGUGUGUACCAGUUAUAGGAGGGCUCCUUUUUGUCUUUGUUCUCAUCACACUACUGCAGACAACUCUGAGUGAUCCAGGAAUCCUGCCCAGAGCCACACCAGACGAGGCUGCGGACAUCGAGAAGCAAAUCGAUGAGUCCAGAAACAGCAGCUACCAGUCCCCACCACGCACUCGGGAGGUUGAGAUCAACGGGCAGGUGGUUAAGCUCAAGUACUGCCCCACGUGUAAGAUGUUCCGCCCGCCUCGCACCUCUCACUGCAGAGUGUGUGACAACUGUGUGGAGCGUUUCGACCAUCACUGCCCGUGGGUGGGGAACUGUGUGGGAAAACGAAACUACAGAUUCUUCUAUUCCUUCAUCGUGUCUCUGUCCUUCCACACAGCCUUUAUUUUUGGCUGUGUGACCACACAUCUUGCUCUCAGGGCUCAGGGUGGCAAGGGACUUGUGUUUGCACUUCAAGAGAGUCCGGGCAGUGCAGUGGAGCUGGUUGUGUGUUUCUUCUCUGUUUGGUCCAUUGUGGGCCUCUCAGGCUUCCAUACUUACCUUGUAGCUUCCAACCGGACCACCAAUGAAGAUAUUAAAGGCUCAUGGUCGGGGAAGAGUGGAGGGGAACCGGUAACAAACCCAUACAGCCACAGAAACAUCUGUACAAACUGUUGCUCCAUCCUCUGUGGACCUAUGCCCCCCAGUUUGAUCGACAGACGAGGUUUCCUGCCUGAAGACAAAUAUGUGCAGACAGGAGCUGGUGGGGACAUGGAGCUGCCUGCACUGACCACUAAGAAUGAGAUAAAUGUGUGCACACAGGGCACUAAAGUCCUUCUGGAGUCUGCCGCUCGCUCGCCGCUCCUGUCCAGCUCGUGUCCUCAGGGAAAAUCUCAGUCAGUCCACACCUGCUCGGACAACCACCUCACCGUGCACGCUGACCCUGCUCCAGAGCUAUCCAACAUUUCUCCCGUUCCUGCUCAGGCCUCUCCCCCGCGCCAAAUCAAAACUCACACUUCUCCACCACAACGAACCAAAACUCAUUCAUCAAAGAGGAAAAAACACACAGCUUUGCACAUGCCCAACUCUAGCCUUGAAGAUCCAGCGCCCCCUACCUCUGUGGAAGUAGACCACCACCACCAUCACCACCGGCAUCAUCAUCGCUCCAAACGAGGUCCACGGCACUGA